UCUUGUGACAGAUCGAAGUUUAUUUAUAAAUAUUUUUUUAACCUACAUUUUAAAUAUGUUUCAAUUUAAUACUAUUUUAAGUGUUAUAUGUUUUGCUUCUUGUGUCACUAUAAAUGUCAGCGCAUGUGGAGCGAUCACUCAUAUUGAAAUAAGUCACAGAGCCCUUGAGCAUUUCAAAAAUGUAUCUACUGUAUAUGAUUAUCAAAAGCUAGCCUGGAAGCAUCAGGAUGCAUUCCAAGCAGGAUCAUCGUAUCCAGACUCUUACUAUGACAGUAUUUGUGCCAAAGGUAUUUAUCACAGUGUAUCAGAAGAUACACACUGGUCUCCAUAUAUUAAUGCCACAAUCAAUCACAUCCAAAAAUAUUACCCGCUACCCUGGGAUAAAGCUACAGAAAAGCUGGUGGUCUUCAUGCUUGGCGUCGUGUCACACCAGGUGGCAGACAUCUUGUGGCACAACCUCGGUAUUCAGCAGGGAUUUCUCCAAACAAUGGCCAAUAUCAACUUCCAUGGUGCAUUUGCGAAAGCUCAUACUGUAGGGGACUUUGGAGGUGAUGUUUUGAAUUUAUUCAACCUCAACAUGAGUUUUGUGGGUGAAAUAUCUGAAUGGUAUAUUCCGGUGGAUGAUCUUUACAAGAUAUAUUUGGAGAUGUAUGGUUCAGAGAAGAUACCGGUCAGUAUCAUCAAAGAAUGUACUACAAUCAUGUUCCUUGAAAGACUGGGAGAGAUGGUUGCUCUGUCAAAGCUGUCUUCUUUCAUCUCGGACUUGAGUCCAUUUCUUCUGGAUCAGUUGGAUGACUUCUUUGUGGGUGGAGUAGAUGACAUGGCUGCAUGGACUCAGAUCAUCUGGAAGGAUUUCAUACACAUGCUUGAACAUGGUCAAAAAGGUUGCAAUCUUCCCCACAACCCUUUAUUCAUCAACUGCACAUCUGGAAAUAAGAUCAGACCGAGAAAUAGCUUCAAGAAUGCCAGAGAACAGGGCAUUUUUCAAAAGUUUUUCUUAAAUGGCCUUUCCACUGGGGAUGUUAUUGUCAAAAGAGCCUACAGAGGUAUUGUCAUCAAAGCAAGUCCUGCAAUUAUGAAACAGUUUAGAGACCGACAAAAAUAUAAGAAGGGAGAACAAUGGCAGAAAUUGGUUAAGAGCAAAGAAGAACUGUCAUUCCAGAAACAACUCAAAGGAAAUCAGAUGGAACCUACUGGCAUUUACACAGUUAAAGAGAAAUAUGCGAAACUUGGAUGGUCAUAUGCUGUUGGUGACCUGAAUCAUGACGGAAUGGAUGACCUUGCUAUUGGAGCUCCAGGGUAUGGUAGUGACACAAGUCCACAGGAUGGCAGAGUUUAUAUCUUACAUGCUACAGAAUAUGGUCUACCGAAAGGCAAUAUAGAUCUCAAUAAAUUUGCAACAGUUCUUUAUGGGCCAUACAAGGCUCAGUCCAGGUUUGGCUCUUCCAUCGCCAUUAUCGACAUUAAUCAAGAUGGUUACAAUGAUAUUGCUGUAGGCUGCCCCAAUUAUAACUCUAAAACAAUACCACUCAAAUAUCAUGGAGCAGUGAUGGUGUAUUACGGACAUCCGGAAGCCAAAUACAGAUUUUCUUCCAUCAACAUGACCAUUCACUGCAAAGAUCAGUACUGCAAUGCUGGCUGGUCACUGGAAUCAGGGGAUGUCAACCAAGAUGGCCGGCCAGAUCUGAUACUUGCUUCUCCAUUUGCACCUGCAGGUGGCACUCAACGUGGAUUUGUAGGAAGCGUCUACUCCAGUACAAAAUAUCAAAUUCCUAGUGUCAUACUUUCAGUUUCUCAACUGGACUGGAUUGAUAGAGGCAUGCAGAACUUUAGCUGGCUUGGUCACCAUAUCAAGUUUGCUGAACAUCCAAAUGGCAAGAAAGUUCUGUUUGCUAGUCAACCAACAUUCAGAAAAUGUGCAAGUCCUGGAUGUGUUAUAAGUCCCAAUGACACGCAGAGUGUUGGUCAGUUUUCUAUGUACCUUCUGCCUGUGGGAGGAACUGUGACCACCAUCAAAUCAGCUGGCAGUCAUCGGUUUCAACAGUUUGGAUACAGCUUUGAUAUGGGCAGACCAUACACUGACGGGUCAGCCAUCUUGGCAGUUGGAUCUGUGGGGGAAGAUGUAAAGGGGCAUGUUUUAGACGUUCCUGUUACUUUUACUGAUGCUGGAAAGAUACAUCUGUAUAACAUCACUAACUUUGGUGCCAUGCCUUAUAAGAAAGUAGCUACCUUUGAUAGUGAUAGGCGCCACAGUCGGUUUGGUACUCACGUCAAAUUUUCUGACCUGAAUGGUGAUAGAUAUGACGACUUAAUUAUUACAGUUCCAAUGAGAACUAGUGAUGCCUCGGAGGAACUCGAAGGAGCUGAAGAAGGAAGAGUGUAUGUGUUUUUUGGAGGCCCCAACUUUCCUAUUGGCCAGGAAGCAAACACAGACUGUGGUCUAUUUUCACCCAUAGAACCAUGUCCAGGCCUGAAGGCUUCUCUUGAACUGGCAUUAAAUGAGGAGAAAGCUCGGCUUGGUUCCAAUAUAGCAGUUCUCAAAGCCAAAAAAAGUAUGAAUCUGAUUGUUUCUGCUAUUCAUAGUUCCAAGGGUGAUCGGCUAUCGGGUGCAGUAGCAGUUUACAGUUUUCCAAGAAAGAACUAGAAACAAAGCAAAACAAAAUUAUACAUUUGUGUGGUAUGUCAUAAAAAUUACUUGUUUAUGAAUACCUCAUUCAACAAUGCAUACCUACGAAGCCCAAAAUUAUUGUUACGGUCUAAAACAAAAAUUUUACUAAUUCUGGGGUAUUUUGUUUAAAGUUGAAAGUAAUAACUUUAGAUGAUGUUGUUUUGAGAUUUUAUAUUUUUAGCAUGAUUAAAGACACCAUGCAGUAUGUUUUGGGGUUUUCAAAAUAAUCAGUUAUGGACAUUUAAACAAACAUUACAUCUUUCAAGAAGAGUAAUAAAUAAACUGCAUGUUCCACAUUCAUUUGAUUUUUUUUUUAACAUGGUAUCUGACCUCACUUUUGUUUCACUGAAUAGUAUAAAAUUGUAGUAAAAUUUGACUUGUUGUAGAACAUGAAAUUGUGAUUGGUGCAUAUAUUGUACAUGUGUGUAGGUUGGCAAAAUAUUUAGCAAAUCAAAUGAGAAGCCAGCCCUACCUACCAGCAUUUUACUUAUUUAAGCUACCAGUACUUCAAUCAACAAUGCUUUACAUGAGAUUAUUUAUUUAUAAUAUAUUGUAAAAGAACUGGUUUUUAAUUUUGAUAUUUAGUAUUUGUUUAUGAAGAUUUUAUUAAAUUUCCUUUACUUUAAUUACAAUUUAACGUAUUCCCAUUAGUACAGCCAUAGCAAUGCAAAUUUGUUUAUUUUUUUAUGAACAUAAAAAUUAUUUUAUCAGGGAACAUAAUAUCUGAUGAUGUCACUUUAUAGUGGUACUUUGUUUUAUUGAGUGUUAUUGUUUGUGAACAAAAAAAUAAUUCUAAAUAAAAUAUGAACUUUUAUUGUUAUUAUUGCUUUAAAUUUAAUUAUGAGGAUUGUCUGUUAUUUCCUUUACAUUCAUCGAGGUACGGGAAAAACUAAAUCUUAUGUGUGAACAGCUUCGCCAAUUCAUACAGUUUGUGGAUGAUUUUUUUUUUUCAUACCACGAUGAACAUAAAAGAAAUAACAGGCAAUCUUUAAAUGAAUAAUAUUUUAAAAAUAAUAUGUUAACAAUUUAGGUUUUCUUACUCCGUAAUCAGCUAUUUUUAAAAAAAAAUUGAAAUUCUCUCCGAUUUAACACAUAGUAUCUAGGUAAAUUUUGGAAGUGUUGUUGUAAUAGAGAAAAACUGUCCUGCUAAUAUUAAUUUAUAUGCAGUGCAUUAUAUUUGAAGCAAACCCAGAUUUAUAUAUUUUUUAUAAUUGUUACCUCACCAUUAACAUUCCUUGUUGUACAAGAUAAAUACUCAAGAUGUCAAGAAGUACCAGUGUAUUGUUGUUGGUUUGUUUUAAGAGAUUCUGUGAUAACUGCCUAAUGUUACUUUUGGCAGCAGAUUUGUUUUUCAUUCAGAUGUAUAUAAUAGGUUUCAUACUUUAGAUAUAGUACCAGUGAACAUUUAGUUUCAUUCAGAUGAAUAUAAUGUGGUUCAUUAUGUAAAUAUACCGGUGCACAUUUACAAUAGAAUGUCUUUCGUUUUAGUUUUCUCAUAAAUGAUUUUUUUUUUUUAAAGUAUAUUUUUUUAGUCCCUAUAUUGACAAAUCCAAAUCGAAGUUUAAAGAGCUGAAUAUAUUUUUUGUUAAAAGUUAAUUUUAAAGUUAACAUUUAAUGAGCCUAUUUGUUAGGCUAAAAUGCACUAAAUUUAUCUAGGCCUACACAUUUUGGACAAAAUUGAAGAGUGUUUGUUAUUGUUGUUGUUUAUGUAGUAGUGAUGGUAUAAAGUGUUCCUGCUGGCAGUGGCUAGUGGGAAUUUCCCUAUUAGCUCAGUUGGUAGAGCACUGGACUCUCACACUAAGAGUCUGUGGUUCUAAUCCCCUCAGUGGAGAUUGAUUUUUCUGUUACAUUUAAACCCUGUUUUAACUGUUCGUCUGUUAAAAAUGACAUCUAAAUCAAACUGUGAAGAUUUUGUUUUGUAAUGCAAAAACCUGAAAGAAGUAUGAACUACAUAAUUAUGUGAAUUCCAUUUAGAUUGUCUAGACCAGGCCUGGUGCUUAUAAAGCAUUUAAGAGUCGACUCGAGACUAAUAGAGCCUGAGAUAUGAACGUCAUGGCAACACCAUACUAAUUGUAUGUGUGUGACAUCAUUAAAGAUUGAGUCUGGACUCUAAAAAAUUUAUAAGCAGUGCCUAGAUGGAACAACAUUACAAUAACAGAUUACUUGUAUUUUAAGAUGUUUUAUGAUUGAAUGUUUUUCUUCUUAAUGCGGUUUAUUCUAAUAAAACACAAGUCUGUGAUCAAAUAGUAAAACCUAUCUAUUCUGGCCUGUUUAGAUCUGGCAUAAGUGGUUGUCGUUGUCCUAGUCAAUUGGUUUUCAUAUACAGGUUCAAAAAUUAUCACUCAAAAUUUAUGAUUUUAACAUUAUAUUACAUCUAUAAUGUUAAUACCAUGGGAAAACGUAAUAAUGAUAUAAAAAAAACACCCAACAAAUUCACAUCUACAUCCAAUUUAUUACAUAAAAUAAGAACGUUAUACAACAUUAUAAAUAAUAUUAUGAAUGUUUCACAACACAGUUAAAACAAUGGAGCACUAUUCUAUCAACAUUUACUCUUCAUUUCCUAUACAUGUAGCUGCCGAUUACCCGUAUUGGAACACCAGUAUAGCUUUUUGUCGACUGCUGCCGAUUACCUGUAUUGGAACACCAGUAUGGCAUUUUGUCAAAUAUUGCUUUCAGUAGUGAGAAGAUUAAAGGAUUGCUGACUUGUCGAAAUUAAUUGGGAACAAUUCACUGAACAAAGAAAAACAUCUAAUGUAUUUAUUUAAUAAACAAUUUAUACUUCAAACAUAAACUACUCUACAACAAAGUUCAAAAUGGUUGACACGAGACUAAACAAUACUAUAAAAGUGUUUGUGGCUGCCAAUAUGAAACUUGAAAACCUUCUACAGUCAGAAUCUUUCACCAUAAUUGUUAUGGCCAUCUUUCCAGGGAACAUUUUGUUCUCAAGAUUUUGAUCAGCAAUGUUUCUUGUGAGCUAAAAAUCAAUUAGCAACUACUGUUUAAUGGUUUAAAACUGUGUAGAGAUCUCUAAAACUUGCAUAGCAAAUCGUGACAGAUACUGAACAAAAUGUUCCCUGCUUUCUGAUGCUGUUUGUGGCUGCAAUAAUCAGGUUCAUUGUCGCCUUUUGGAUCUAAGUUAUACACAGUUUUUACUGUGUAUAUAAUAUAUACAAUAUAUAAUAAAAUGUGCAUUGUUAAUCUAAAAGUGGACAUCACAGACCGUACAUUGGCUGCUUUAUACACAGGUUGCUGCAAGGGCAGGUUCAAAUGUAAUACAUGUAAUAACUGAAUUAUAAUAGGUUCAACUGUAAAUGUAAUACAUGUAAUAACUAAAUAAUAAUUAUCAUUGAAUCAUUUUAGUAAGAUCACUGGCAAUGUGUUUGAACCAUACUAAUUGAUAAUAUUGAGCAAUGUUAAAAACAAUGUUUUUUUAAUCUUGUUUUAUAUAUUUUUGAAUAUUUAAAAAGGUAACAUAUUAUAUUAUUUUUUUUACAGCUAAGCUACCAUUAUUUAUUGGGUUGGUACUUAUUUUUGUAAAGCUACUCCAGUCUUCUUGGUAAAGUAAACCAUGGUUUUCAGUGGAUUUGCUGAAGUUUUAACUGAACCAUCAUAGUUUGACCAGCCUUAAAACAAUAUUACCUUUUCUCUAGUGAUGUUGGGUUGCAAUACAAAUUCUUGCUUACAAGACAUUUAUUGUUUUGUGAAUAAUUACAUUUAUUUUGAAUAUAUAUUUUUUUUAUCAAUAUUUAAAUAAAGAAUCACUUGUUUUGUUGAUCAA